GGUGCUUUUGAUAUCUGCGCAACAUGGCCUUUGCGGCAGUUUCAAACGUACAUUACUAAUUUGCCCAACAAUUCGAUAUCAACCAUUUCCUUAGUGUUCACAUUUAUUUUUCAAUAAAGAUUUAAAAAGGAUAUACUAUGCUCUCCAUUAAAAUGACAGUCGCACGCGGAUUAUUCAUUCACUUCCGAAUCUAAAAGAUUAUUCGCACUAGUGUUAAAUGUCUGUUUCCAUAAGUUCUUCACUGUUUACGGAAAAUCAUUGAUGAACUUCUUCACUCAAUUUCUUGAACUGUGGAACUCACGGUUUCCUGGCGAUAACAAGGCUCCCCAGCUGGAUUGUUUAAAAGCUGACCAGUUCAGUUCUGUUGCUGAUCAAAAGCGUGCUCUGGAGGAACAUUCGUGUAAAUUGUCAAUGACAAUUGAAGAACUGAGACAAAAGAUCGACUACGAUUCUUUUACAAAGGAAUAUUUACAGAAGUGUAUACAAAAGCUGGGUGCUAUAUCACAAGUUUUCAGCGAGUUUGAACAUGUUGGUCCUAAAGUUUCUGGAAGUUCUAGUAGUCAACUUUCGCACAUUAGUAAUUUCCCUGGUGAUAUUUCGAGCAAUAUAUUUUCUCAAAAUACAACACCAUGCUUUACGAACAAUCCUUCUAAUUUUUCUCUGCUUCCACAAUGCAUUGCAUCAAGUCUUAUCAAUUCCGCAUCUCCGCUUCUUGCAGCUGUAGCAACGUCUACUGCCCCUUUUUUAUUUCCCUCGACAUUGACACACUUUUCCUGCCCAGAUGUGAUCAAGUCUGAUCCGGAUCAAGUUUCACAAUCCAAUAGAUCACGUGGUUCAGGGGACCACUGUCUGGUUCAAAAUCAUGAACACCAGUCAUUUGAGCUCACCCCAUCUCCUAUUCACAACAACUUGUUUUGUUCCGGGACAAAUUAUCCUCCUCCAACGGCAUCUCGACCUCUACCCCAUGAAACAGGAAGCUGUGUUAAAUCUGAUUACUCGGGCAGAUUAAACGAUGGUUUAUCAGGAUCAACUACGGAUGCUCAGGCGGCAGCUGCUGCUGUAGCGGCUGCUUUUGGACUCAAUUUUACUAGUGGUGGUCCACUUACUGGUAGCAACAGUGUGAUGGGCUUUAAUAAGCAAAGAAAUCAGUCUGGCUCUAGUCUUCUCCAAAUCUCGCCAAUGAGUUCUAUCAACGGUGUAGAUGGAAAGGAAGAAGAUAGUUCAGUCGAGCGUCCUUUCCAGUGUAUGACAUGUUCGAGAAGUUUUUCUGUGAAGGCGGGUUUAGUACAACAUAUGCGCACACACACAGACGAGCGGCCGUACCCAUGCCUUCACUGUGGACGAGCUUUUAAGCAAAAAAUUCAGCUCACCACACAUAUGCGUGUACAUAGUGGUGAGCGUCCUUAUGGUUGCCGUUUAUGUGGUAAAUUGUUCAGGCAGCAAAGUCAUGUGGUCCAACACCUACGAACUCAUACAGGAGAAAAGCCACAUAAAUGCUAUCAAUGUGGUAAAGCUUUUCGUCAAAAAUAUAGUCUUAUUUCCCACCAGCGUCGCAUGUGUCGCAAUCGUUCUGCUUCUAACCCUAUUGCAGCAGGAAUGACCAUGUGGAUAAGUCCAGGAGUGGAUGGUGAUACUGGUAAUCUCAUUAAGGAAUUCUCUCCCAAUAAAGGCAAUUCGUCGAUCGCAAGUCCGAAUGCUUCAUUGUCCACUCCAAUCUCAGUUAUGACGUCUCUCCAAUCACCUCCAUCUCCGUUUCCUUCCUCACCGGUGUCUAAUACUCACGCACUUCCACAAAACCAGUUUCAGACUCCAGUUAACAUAAACGGUGAUUCACACCGGGAAAAUUCAGUUACAACGAGAUCCCGUUGCAAUUCUCUGUCAAAAAGCAAGUAUGAAUUACAGGAUUGGUCUCGUUCUCUUUCAAGGCAUCCAUCACGUCUCACAUCAGAAGGUGAUCCUAUUCAUAGUCCUAGAACUUCAAGGUCCAGCGCACUGCAAGGUCAUGCUACGAUGGGACUUACUUAAUAGAAGUCAUGAAGAUUCUCGUAAUUCAUAAUGAUUUAGAAUACAUAUAAUUUCUUUUUUUGUCGAAUUAUCAACAUUUUAUAUUAAUAACGAUGUUCUGUUUUACGUAAUUUUACUAAACAUACAGCUGUUAUAAGUCAACUCCCAAUAUUAGGCACACAUUGGAUGCAAUGAAGUUUGCCUUUUUAAAAGAUUGUUGAGGCACCCACUCGAACACUUUCACCUAUAAAAAACAAUUUCGAUUAUUUUGUCACUGUCUCAUUUUUUUUGCUUCCUACUGUUAUGAUAAUGAUUCUUACCAUUUCUGUUAUAUCUAAUCAGAACUGCGAGAAUUAUUUUAAAUAUCUGUUCACUCUUCAAACUUUCCACUCAUAAGUGGAUUCCAACCACUCGCGCACGAAAAACCUGCUUCUAUUUUGUAAAGUGCUUUCAAAAUCUUUUUGCUUCACUGUUUUCCCCAUCAUCAAUUGAUUGAAAAUGUUUCAGCCAAGAUACACAAGUUUCAUCGAAUUAUAUGUUAUAAUGGAUGAAACUGAACAAAUCAGUUUAAGUUUCGAUAUUUUUGAUUAAAACAGGUAGAUCGUAUUUAUCAUUCAUUCCGCGUUUGUUUGUUUUCGGUGUUAUCUUUUCUAACCACCCUAUGUUUGUAUUACGGAAUAAAUUAGUCAUUUAUAUCAUGUGAAUUGAUUUGAACAUAGGAACUUAGGCUUUAUGAAUACCUUUGUUGUGUAUUUGGCCCUAAUUUUACGCAAAUAUUUUUUAUAACUGAUAUCUGUUCGUUGUUUGCGUCACAUUUAAAAUUCGAUCUUGCGAUAAUGUUUUCAUAAUUUUUAAUAAGUUUUUUUUGAUAAAGUCAAUAAGAUAUUUCCUUUAACAAAAUGCUACAUAAGUAAUUAUUGAGCUCACAUUCAAAGUAUUAUUUUUGUAUACGAUACCAGUAUGAUUUGAGCUCUAUAGUUGGUUGGAUUCAUUUAAGGUUAUAGUGCUUGGCUCUUCAUCGGGAAUAUUCACAUACAUCUAAUUACUUCCAGUAUAUGCCAUUUUGCCAACCAUUCACAUUUACCUUAACAAUCUAAAAAGUACCUAUACCCUAUGAAUGUGUUGACAUGUAGUAGUGAUUCUAAAAACGGUGAUUCAUCUUAUUACUGUGGAUGAUGUGAAUGCCACUGACAAAAUAUUUCAAUACCUAUAUAGAGCUAAGUGCCAUCUAUUUUAGUACACGUUUGCAAAACUUCUUCAUGAUUAAAAAUAUUAAGUGGACGAAAUGUUUUAAUGGAGCUACUGAGUAAGCAGUAGCAGUAUUAAUACCAGUCAAAGUCAAUUAAUGAGGUUUUAAUUAAAAGAUUCGUAGAAAAUCCAAAGCUAUGGCUUAACGUUGUGGGAAAAGCAUUUUUUAAUGUACAGGUGCGUUCCCAAUUAACUAGGGGUAGAUUUUUAGUCGUUUUUUGAUGAUAAUAAUAAUAAUAAAGAAUUCAGAAUAAUAACUAAAAAUGUUAUUUUAGAUGUUAUAUCAACUUUGUAAGCGUUCACAACUAUGACUGCAAAUAAGAAAGUUAGUGAAAUUCAACAUAAAUUUUAGUGUUUUGCUUCUAACAAUAAGUUUCACCAUUCUCGUUUAUAAUCAUUGGAUGUGGCUUUCGCUAAUUAAAUGGGCUUUCAUGUACAUCAAACAUGUUUACUCUCGUAACAUUGCUAGUACCUGUCAUGAAUUCGACGAUAAAGUCCCUACACUGGUUUGUACCUUUGAGUCAUUAUCAUAUAUUUGGUCAGACAUUACUUGAUUAAAUUGUUUAGAAGUCUUAAACUAAGUGCCCAAUCAUAAUUACAUUUCAGCUCCUUGAUAACAUUCCGAUUUAUGUCCUAUUAAAUGCUACUAGCAGAUUAAGUAACUGAAAAAUAUAUAUCAGAAGAUAUUCGAAAUAAGUAGCCUAACAAUGUGAAAUGAGGCGUCCUAGUAAACCAGUAGUUUUAAAAUAAAAGGUUUCUAUAUUGCUUCAUUUUCCAAUGGCCAUCUGUAAUGUUCAUAACUAAGUGACAUUGGAAAUUGUUUAUUUAUUUCAUUCUUAGUAUUCGCUGUUCUUUGUACCACAUACUGUAUGUAAUAAAAGAUGUCUGGCCCCUUUUAAGUUCAUUUUGUAAACUAAUAAUUCGGAAUCAUUGGCCCACGUCUUUCACUCGAAAGAAAACAUUGUAUACUGAACCUUUGUACUAUAAAUACAAGUACUUCUGGGCAUCAUAAAUUUAUUUAAACUUAUG